AUGGAUUCCCCUCUAACCCAGCAAAGUAGACCCGAAACCUUCAAACCAAAGAUUGUACAACUCUAUGAAAAUCUCUUCCGGACUUCGGACUUUGCAGAGCCCUCCGAGGGAUUCUGGCGGGAAUUUUUCUUGCUGCCUCCGGAUAGAGGCCAGCUCCGUUCAGUUCUAGAUCACCUCAGCGCUGAUGACACCCUCAACUUGCAUGUUCAAACCCAGCAGCUUUUUGCUCGUGCCAUCCGUGAGGCUGCCUCCGGAGUCGGCCCCGCUGAUUCCUAUGCAUUGGAUACCUUGAGUGUCUUUCUGGCUUGUGUUUUGAGAAAGAAAUACACAAACCCCAGCUCUGAUAUCAUCACGGUCCUCGCAGGGCUGGAUGAAGUGGACCAUAUCAUUUCCGAAUUCGUCGCCGUGUUGGACGGCAUCAUUCGCAAUGGCAGCAACCUUGAUCUCCGAGUCAAGGCAGUCCGAACUGCUAUUGCCAUGACUAGCGGGGCAUACAAAACUAGCCUUGUUUCAUACUUUACCCACCGGGAUCUAUUUCCCUCUCUUAUGAAAUUCGUUCAUGAAUCUGAUACCCCUAUGCAAGUAUUUGAACCGUUUCUCCUUCUCGGGUUGCUGGCAAACUACAACAAGUUUGAAUUUCAAAAUCCGUACCAGCUGCGACUCGAUGACUUUGUCAACGAGUCUAGCAUCCAGAAGAUUGUCAGAGGCGUUGGCAUUUCAUGUGCUGCCCUGCGAAACGGCUAUGUUGCCGUGCAAGAUGAUGCCCCUGAGGGCUGGUCCCUGAUCAGCACCCUCAUCUUCUUCGGUCUGGGUGCCUUUGCCCCAGGCUCAAAAGAUAAGGCCACUCCACCAACGGCAGAAGAGGCAAAGGAGAUGUUCGCUUCACUACCGGCUCAGCAGGCAGGCAUCCUUCUGGCUUCCUACGAUUUCACCAACGCAAACAAGCUCUUCGGUUAUCAUCUGAUCCAUAUGUCCCCUGAAAAGAGCAACGAAGAGUCGCCCUUUGCAAGCUUCCUUUCCUUGACAUCGUACCUUCUGCAACACGCAUACAGGUCCCCUAGGAUUGCGCACUAUGCAGAGCUUAGUCUCUUCACCCUUCGCAUUCUAUCCGAAGAUUCAAACUUGUGCAAGCAGCUCUGCGGUGAUGACGGCAAAAGAAAGGUUCGACUCUGCCGACAAAGACAGCCAUAUCUUCCUUUGGUCGCUGGAGACCGAGUUCUUGCAACAGUCAUCUUCGAUAUCGUGAUUGAUGCGAUCUCUCACAAUCUCCGUCGACGCCUCGAUGCAAACCUCUACAGCCAUUCCAUCGCAAUUCUCCUCCGCCUUUUCACCUACCUUUCGAUGAACAAGAUCCGACUGGCAUACCACUGGUCCGAGCUCUGGCGCACACUACUAUCCCUGAUGCGAUUCCUGACCACCUACGCAUCCGACCUAUCCAGCAACCCCCACAUUACCACUCUCACCACCUCCCUCGUAGACCUAGUCGCCUUCUGUGUCUCCGCCGGUGACACUUUCCUCCCGGACCCAGCCUCCUACGACGACCUCUUCUACAAACUCGUCGAAACAGGCCCCAUCAUCAUCAAAUUCCGCGACGUCUACGCUCUCAAAUCAUCCACCACCUCAUCCUCCAAAAUUCCCAACCCAACCGCAUCAACCAGCAAAGACAUCCAUGUCGCCGCCAUCGACACCCUAAUCGCCGUUUCAUCCCACUUCUACACCCUUCUCUUCAACCCGGACCAAAACGCCGACGCCGCCACCGACAGCCCCAACCCGGACGGCGAACUCGCCGCCCCCGCGCCCCUUCCAGCUGCGAUUCGAAAGAACCUGAGUCCCCGUGAAGUCCACCGCAUCAUCAAACAGGGAUACGACACGUUGAGUAUCCAGCCUCCCGAGGGUCUUAGUGCGUGGACGAGAUGGCGCGAGACGGACUGGAAGUCCGAGUUGAAACGGGCUGCCAGAUGUGCCGUUGACGAUGCGAGACAGUUGGUUGUGUAG